UAUCUGUCUCUUUAAAUGUGUGAACAAUGGCAAAUGCAGUCGCCAUGUGCAAGAGCUAGCUGGAACUUGAAAAUGACAAAAAUGGAAACUCAAAUCCUUGUCAUCCCUUUCCCAACCCAAGGCCAUCUAAACCCUAUGCUUCAACUAUCUAGACGUUUAGCCUCAAAAGGCCUCAAAGUCACCCUGGUUUGCACCAACUCAUCUCUCAAAUCCAACAGCAACAUUUCAUCCAUCGAUUUCAAGUUCAUCAGCGACGGUUUCGACUCAGAACUAAACUCAGAAACCUUUGAUGAAUAUAUCAGAUGUUUGAGAGCUAUAUUUCCUCAAAAUCUAGCCAGGUUUGUUGAAUCCAGUAAAAACUUGGGCUGCCCUUUUAAGUUUAUGGUUUAUGAUUCGGGGAUGCCAUGGAUGUUAGAUGUUGCAAGAGAUUUGGGCAUGGAUGGAGCUCCGUUUUUCACUCAAUCUUGUGCAGUUAAUGCGGUUUACUAUCAUUUGAAUCAAGGGACAUUGAAUUUGAAGGCUCCUGAUUCAGAAGGGUGUUCGGUUUUGUUGCCUUCCUUACCAUUGAUGGAGAGAAAAGAUCUUCCGACGUUUGUUUAUGAAACUGAGUCUCAUAAAUCUCUGCGUGAAUUGAUCCUGAAUAAGUUGGUAAAUAUUCAUGAACCCAACUGGAUCCUGGUUAACUCUUUCGAUAAGCUCGAAGAAGAGGUUGUGCACUGGAUGUCGAAUCACUGUCGAAUUAAGGCAGUCGGGCCAACUGUUCCAUCAAAAUAUAUGGACAAGAGAUUGGAGAAUGACACUGACUAUGGCCUCACCCUCUUCAAGCCAAAGACCGAUACUUGCAAGACUUGGCUAGACUUAAAGGAACUCAACUCAGUCGUUUAUGUAUCAUUUGGAAGCUUGGCAGCCCUAGCAGAAGAGCAGAUGGAGGAAAUAGCAUGGGGCCUGAAGAGAAGCAACACCUUCUUCUUGUGGGUAGUUAGAGAAUCUGAAUCUGCCAAGCUUCCAAAAAAUUUCUGCGAGGAAACAGUCGAGAAAGGUUUGGUCGUGAGUUGGAGCCCUCAGCUUGAGGUUCUAGCUCACAAGUCAGUGGGGUGUUUCAUGACACAUUGUGGCUGGAACUCGACGCUGGAGGCACUGAGCUUAGGGGUACCGGUGGUGGCGAUGCCGCAGUGGACGGAUCAAACAACUAAUGCUAAGUAUAUUGAAGAUGUGUGGCAGGUGGGGGUUAGAGUAAGAGUUAAUGAAAAAGGGAUUGUGACAAGAGAGGAGAUUGAGGGUUGCAUAAGGGAAGUCAUGGAAGGAGAGAGAUCGGAGGAUUUCAGAAGGAACUCGGAGAAGUGGAAGCAAUUGGCAAAGGAGGCUGUAGAUGAAGGUGGAAGCUCUGAUAAAAACUUGGAAGAAUUUGUAGCUGCUAUCAAUGUGUUCAAAACUAGAUCGAACAUUGAUCCGAUGAAAGGUGUUAUGCAGACUAACUAAAUAGAAUGUUUAGUGCCAUCACGGGGUGUAAAAAAUUCAUAUCGAGUGGUGAUCUUGUGUCAGAAGAUUAAAAUUUGAUAUAAAUUGUUUAAUCUUAUGAUGACAUUAAGUUGCCCAUUUAGUUACCCUAUUUGAAUUGCACACGUCCAAAAUAAAAAAUAUAAAAAAAAAAAGGCUUAAUAUACAGGAAAACUCUCAACCUUUUUAUUGAUAUAAAAAAGGAUUAUAAAGCUUGUUGUAAGAAAGUAUUUACUUUCACUGCAGCAAAUUUGUAAUCCUUUUUAAGUUUAAUAAAAAGAUUGGGUUUUCUCAUAUAUUAAGUGUUUGAUAUAUUGUCUUUGGUGUGUUUUCUUUAUGGGUGUUGUGUAGGUUGACUAAGCAAGACGUUUAGUGCCAUCGGGGAGCACGGUAAAUUCAUAUCAAGUUGUGGCCUUGUAACCAAUCUAAUAGAAAUUGAAUUAAAAUUUCUGUUUGAUAUUCGAUUCGAGAUUAAUUCGUUUAUUUAUUUAAUAAUAUUAUUUAUCUCUUCAAUAAUAUUGUUCUCUUUUUUAUAAUA